GGGGUGCAGAAAGGAGGAGGAGGGGGCCGGCGAGAGCGGGGGAGGGGGGACUGGAAGGGUGGCUGUGGGGAAGAGAAAAGGGAGAGGGGUAAAGAGAAGGGCCAGAGAAAGGGGAGGAGGCAAAGAGAGAGAGGCCAAAACGGUGGGAGUCAGGGGAGAAAGGCAGUAGAGAAGAGUCAUAGAGAACAAGUGAGGGCCAAAGAAAAGGAGCAAAGAGAAUGAAAAAAGGAGGCAAAGAGAGGGACGACAGCAAAAGGAAGAUGUAGAGCCAUGUGGUCUCAACACUUCCUAGGGACUGGCAGGAGACUGGGCCAGGCUCUGGGCCCCACCAGUGUUUCCAGAGGCAAUUGUCUGUGGCCCCCAGCCUCCCCCUCCCACCUCCAUGGUGCCUCAAGUAUCAGAGUUCUGCAUGGUGAUGGCCCAGCCUCCGUCUCUGGGCUGAGCAAAGAGGACAUCCAGAGAGCCCGGGAAACAGCCCCACCCAGAAUGGGGCUGAGGCCCCAGCUGAGUGAGCGUUCUCAGGAGCGAAAGGUGCCUGCUUCCCGAAUCAGUCGCCUGGCUAAUUUUGGGGGACUAGCUGUGGGCCUGGGCCUUGGUGCUCUGGUUGAAGUGGCCAAGACGUCCCUGUCAGGAGGGCAGGCGCCCAGAGAAGGUGGUCCUAUUCUGGGCCCUAGCCCCUUCCUCUCAGAAGCCAAUGCUGAACGGAUUGUGAAGACUCUGUGCACAGUUCGAGGAGCAGCCCUCAAGGUUGGCCAGAUGUUAAGCAUCCAGGACAAUAGCUUCAUCAGUCCCCAGCUACAACAGAUCUUUGAGAGGGUCCGGCAGAGUGCUGACUUCAUGCCUCGGUGGCAGAUGAUGAGAGUCCUAGAGGAAGAAUUGGGCAGGAACUGGCGGACCAAAGUGGCCUCCCUAGAAGAGAAGCCCUUUGCUGCAGCCUCCAUUGGUCAGGUGCACCAGGGUGUCCUGCAAGAUGGAACUGAAGUGGCUGUGAAGAUUCAGUACCCAGGUGUGGCCCAGAGCAUCAAGAGUGACGUGGAGAAUCUGCUAGCUGUGUUGAAGUUGAGCGUGGCCUUGCCUGAAGGCUUGUUUGCUGAUCAGAGUCUCCAAGCCUUGCAGCGGGAGCUGGUGUGGGAGUGUGACUAUCGCCGGGAGGCUGCCUGUGCCCGAAACUUCAGGCAGCUCCUGGAAGGGGACCCUUUCUUCCGGGUGCCAGCUGUGGUCGAGGAGCUGAGUGCAGGUCGGGUUUUGGCCAUGGAGAUGGCUAGCGGGGUGCCCCUAGACCAGUGCCAGGACCUGAGCCAAGAUGUCCGGAACCAGAUAUGCCGUGAACUUCUGCGUCUCUGCCUUCGGGAACUAUUUGAGUUCCGAUUCAUGCAGACGGACCCCAACUGGGCCAACUUCCUCUAUGACUCCUCCAGCCACAAGGUGACCCUGCUGGACUUCGGGGCAAGCCGGGGGUUUGGGUCAGAGUUCACAGACCACUACAUCGAGGUAGUAAAGGCUGCUGCGGACGGUGACCGGGCCCGAGUCCUAGAGAAGUCCCAGGACCUCAAGUUCCUGACGGGCUUUGAGACCAAGGCGUUUUCCGAGGCCCACGUGGAAGCAGUCAUGAUCCUAGGGGAGCCCUUUGCCAGCGCAGGCCCCUAUGACUUUGGGGCAGGGGACACAGCGCGCCGCGUGCAGAGCCUGGUCCCCACGAUGCUGCGCCAUCGGCUGUGCCCCCCGCCAGAAGAGACCUACGCCCUUCACCGGAAGCUGGCAGGGGCUUUCCUGGCCUGCUCCCGACUUGGUGCCCACAUCCCCUGCCGGGACCUGUUCCAGGAGGUCUACGAGCACUACUGGGCUGCCCGCCCACCAGGCUAACUGGCCCUCAGCACUCCUGGACCCACCUGAGCCAGAGCUCUGCUGUCUCUCCCUCCACUCCCUUUGGGACCACCCCAAGAGCUGGCAGAGACCUCGGGGCCCCUUCCCAGGCCUCAGCCCUGGCCCCCUCCCUGCCGGGCCAGCGUGGGCCUGGGGAGCGCGUUCCAGAUGGCCUGUUUGCCGAGGUCCUCCCACCCUCACCAGCUGUCCUCGGCCCAAUGGGCAGUGCAUUCAGUGCUAUCCUAAAUAAAGGGGAGCCACCCCCCUCUCUCCUA